AAAAUAUCAAAUCUUCAAACCGUAAGUGUAGAUAUCUUUCAUAAUCCUUGACCGUGUAGCAAACAAACCCCAGCACGGUAUCCUUGUCUAUAUAUGUACUAGGUACACAUACACACACACACACGCUUCUAUACACCCAUGUGCAUUGAACUGUUCAGGAAUGACUGGCUUGGAAGUAAGGAAAACUUAAGCGAAGAAUGAAGAGCUGAAUUGAAAAAGCCUCAUUAAAACUGAAAUUAAAAACUCGGAGUGAAAAAAAACAACCUUCCAAGGAAACAAAUCAUCACGGAUUUAUACACUUAGAAAAAGAUUGAAGCAACUUAAAAAAAUGAGUAACAAACGAGGAGGAAAGAAAAAAGAUGAUAAGCCGCCCCCAGCGAUAGGGCCCGGAAGUAAAAUCAUCGCACUGCCGGAACCCCUUCGUAAGGGCCAUAUCAAACGAAUCGGGGACUCCAAGCUGGUGCACCUCCAGUUCAGCACGGCCAACAUGAAAUCUCUGCCUGUAGAGAUUUACAACAAUGAAGAGUUAAGCGCCUUGACAGUGAAACUGAAUGCCGAGAACAACAGACUCAAAAGGUUACCGAAGUCAGUGGCCGCCCUUGAGAACUUGGAGUAUAUAGACAUCCGCAACAACAAUCUGUCGUCAUUUCCGGCCUCAGUUGCAAAAAUGAAAAAACUGAAGUAUUUAGACAUCACAGCCAACAGAGUUAAAAAAUUGCCCAAUCCUAUUCACAAAGCGGCCUCCUUGGCGACGGUGCUAGCGUCUAAAAAUAGAAUAAGGGGCCUGCCCAAAAAUAUAGGGAAAUCCACAAGCUUAGAAUAUCUUGAUGUAUCCUAUAAUAUGAUCAAAUCGUUUAAGAAAGGUGUAUAUGAGACAGGGGCCUUUAUUAACUUCAGUCACAACAGAAUUACUCAGAUGCCUCCUGGCACAGUUAAGAAACCUCACAUAAAAAAACUGGAUCUGUCUCACAACUCUAUUGCCUUCAUUCCGGACACCAUUGACCGCUUAUCUACCCUGACUUGGAUUGACUUGUCAUACAACUCACUAGAUGAGCUCCCAGCACAGAUUGGUAUGAUCAAGUAUCUUCAUUAUUUGGACGUAUCGCAUAAUUCCAUUAAAAUCAUCCCAGAUGAAAUAUGUGCCUUGGGCUACGCCCUGGACUCUUUGAAAUUAGCCAACAACGAGAUCGCCCUUCUGCCAGACGACAUCGACAAGCUGGUCAAGCUUCGGGUGCUUGACGUCGCCAACAACCAGAUCGAGUUUCUCCCAACCUCCGUCAACAACCUUCACUCCAUCGAGGACAUCAAUGUUUCUGGAAACAAGCUAAACUCUAUGAAAUUCGCGGUCACUUUGAAGAGUCUGGUCAGUCUACAAAUAGCCAACAAUAAGAUCGAUGUCGUCCCUGAAGACAUUAGCAAAAUGAAAGCUUUGAUGACACUGGACGUGUCUGGUAACAAUAUUAAGGAGUUACCUCCCUCUAUAGGUUUAGUUCAGACAUUAAAGAUACUAAACUUGUCUAAGAACAAACUGAAGGAGCUGCCGGACUCUCUGGGUAAGGAUCAGGUUUUGACGGAGCUUGACGUUUCCUUCAACAACUUGACGUGUCUGCCAGCUGACCUGAGGAAACUCAGAAAUCUGGAGAAGUUUCACCUCAACAACAAUGAAAUAGCCGCGAUACCAAAAUCUUUAGAAUUCCUGUAUCAGGUCCGAUCGCUCAAUGUGUCAUCCAAUCUAUUCAAUGAGAUGGUGCUGCCUAAAACUUUGACUCAUCUGUAUCUCUCUGAAAAUCCACUAACCUUGAACUUUGAUGACCACAAAUCUUUGUUUCAUAUUAUGGGAGAUAAGGAUCACAUAAGAAAUUUAACACAUCUGGAACUGUGCAAGUUAGAGCUAGAUGACCUGCCCCCUGCAUUGUUCAACUGUCGUCUGCUCAAGGUUCUCAAUGUAUCUGACAAUCAUCUAAAGUCACUAAGUAAUCAGGCUUGCAAACUGAGAGCUUUGGAACAUUUAGAUGCCAGCAGAAAUGAAUUAAAGGACUUGCCAGAUAGUCUCAACAAUUUAAUCAAUCUGAAAAGCAUCAAAGUAACGGAAAACGGGAUAACAGAAUUUUUACCAGGUAUUCUUAAACUGUCUCACUUGGAGGAGCUGGACCUCAGCUACAACAGGAUGAAACUCAUGCCUGAUAACUUUGGUUGUCUGCACAAGCUGAAGAGACUGGACGUGUCUAACAAUGAGUUGGUCAACUUCCCACAGGACAGGGUGGACGUAUUAGCUUCAUUGCUUGAGCUCGACAUUUCCAAGAAUCAUAUAGACAUCAUGCCCAUGGGAUUUCCCUAUUUAUACAGACUCAAGAUCCUCAAUGCCAGUGGUAAUGACAUCAAAUCUCUACCAGGAGAUUUCGACAAGAUGAAGUCUGCUGAAGUCUUAGAUUUUUCUGACAACAUUAUUGAGUCUCUACCAGAAAGUAUUUGCAAGUUGCCAGCCAUCAGAGAACUCGAUGUCUCCAACAAUAAAAUAACUCUAGGUUUUCCGAAAGCUUGGGAAAAUUUAAGAGCACGCUGUGAUGUGAAACAGACUGAGCAAUCUUCCAGUAAAAAACGAGAGCCCCAAGACAGACCUAUCAAAGAAGAGCCAAAAACAUCUCCCAAAUCUGGCAAGAAGAAAAGCCCUAAAGCAGGUAGAAAAUCUGGCCCCAUGAAAUCAGCACCUCCAGGGAAAUAGUUGUCUUAUUAUUUUUUCCACAUUUAUUUUUCUAUUACAUUUUAAAAUUUUGAAUAACUCAUGUAUUCAUGAUUUACUGUAAUUGUACAUUUUUCUAAAUUACAUGUUAACAAAUACUGUAUAGAAAUGUUAUAAAGACUAUUGUAUUAAGUUAGCCUAUAUUUGCCUGAUGCACUAUAAGCUUAACUGUGAUAGAAUAUUGCAACAGUGUACAUUAUCAAUAUUUUUUGCCAGAUGGUCUUAUUAUUGCCCCUGUUUGUGAUGUACACAUCAACUUUACAUGCCUAUGUUUCAUGUAGGCUACAUACAGAUUACUAAAAUACAAUUCAAGUUCAAGAUAAACUUAAAAUGUUAGAAACCAACAUUCUUUGUUCUGUUGAUACAAUUCCUACAAUUAGUUUGUAUUUUCUUUAUGGCUUCAAAAAGCUGGAAAUUGGUUGGAUGGCAUUUUAAAAACGGCCCUAACAAUUUUCCUAGAAAUUUGAGAUCUUUGGGUAAAAAAAAACUACUUAAUUGGCUACACUGUGAAAUCUUUGGAUUAACAGUUAUAAUUUUGCAAAAUAUAGUUAUUUUAAAAUUAAAUUUGGCUAAGUCUAUUUGUUUAAAAACAUGUCUACAGCAGUAAUAAUUGCAGUAGACUCUGAUUCUUUGUAUUCAGUAAAGACUUGAAUAAAUAAAGACUACAUGAACAUUUUACAACAUUGUCUUAAGUAGGCAUUAACUUCCAGUCCUUAUGCCCUUGUAAAAUAAUUAUCUGGACUGUAAUAGAAGUAGUUCACUAGAAAGAUGUUGUUUUUUUUUAUUUUUGGCACAUCGGCACAAUUUAGGCCAUGUUGUGCCCCUCACUAGAAUAAUGAAGCAUUAGAAAAAAUAAAUAGAAUAUGAAAUGAUUGACCACUAUCAGCUUCAUAUAAAGAAGGAAUUGAUUUUAAAAACUUUUUUUUUAUAUUAUUAUCACACAGUGAAAACUAAUGGAAACAAAAAGUGAAACGAACUAUUUCAAUGAUUUAAAACUUUAUUUGGCAGAACACCAGAGCUCAUUGAGAUAUUUAAUUUCUUACCUAAUGCAUCUUUCAGCGCAAACAAAAAUUAUUAUUUAUUGUAAUAAUUUAUCAUGAUUAUUGUCAUUUCACAAUAAAAAAAAAAAAAGAAAAAUACCAAAGUAAAGUGUUUUUUUUAAAGUUUUAAUGAAAUAUUGACAUAUUUAGAGCAUAUCCUUUAAGAACAACAGCUUGGAUAAUUUCAAAAAGAUUCUUUACAAGUUAUAAGGGGAAGGUACAGUGUCUAACAGUUUAACUGCUCUGUCCUAUAGGAUGGAAAUAGUGAUAACUUUAUGUCUUUAAAGUCCAAUCAUUGCUUCAACAACAGCUGAUUGAGUGUCAAGUUAUAAAGGUGCCUCUUAACCCUUACAAAGUGAGCUUUGAUUUCAUGGUGGUAUCAAACUCUCUUUACAUACUGUAAUGACUAAAUAGUUAGAUGCAUAGAGGUUGAGACUAAUCUGGGAUUUCUUUAGUGAUGCGAGGAUACAUUAAAAACUUAGAACAGAUAUAUUUUUUUAUAUUAAAGGUUUUUGACAUUAGCACAAUUUACGACAUGUCGUGCCCAGAAAUAGUACAGUAGUGCUUAGGAAAGGACAUAUUUUCUUAGAUUCCAUGACAGUGGACUGUGCCCUUCUUGUGUAAAUUAUCAUAUUCAUAAAAAGCAAGAUUAACUUAUUCUCUUAAUUCUGUUGUUAGUGUUAUUUAUAAUUAAAACUCACAGCAGACUCAUAAACUUCCCAACAGAAUUGUCGACACCUCAACACUACUUAGACAUAUGUGCCAAAGUUAACAAAAUAUACAAACAUUUCAUUUAGUUCAAACCUAUUCAAAACAAUUCUUACACAGUCUCUGUUAUGGUAUGCAAAUGUACAUCAUUUUUCAUUAUAUUUCUUCACACUUUACUGUAACAGGAAAAGAGUUUUGACAUUGUUUUAUUGCAGUCUAUUUGAAACAGUAAUAUAUAGAUAAGUAAAAAAAAAUUUUAAAAUUCAUGAUUCUAACAAAAAAAUAAAAUAGCAUGUCUUUUCCCAACAGAACCAAACAAUAAGAAUGAUAAUAAAAAUGCAAAACUUUUUGUGGCCAUUGCAAGUUAGGAACUUUUAGUUUCAAAAUAAGGGUGUGUCUUGAAGCAGAUGACUGGGCGAGGAACAGUAGGGGAGGAAUUCUAAUUUUCUAGAAAAUUUACACAAAUUCAGCAAUAUUAAUAAAUGUGCAACAAAUUCAGCAAUAUUAAUAAUUACGUUACUUAUUGUUAUUUUAAACAUAUACUUAAAUUACAAAUUAUAGCUUUCCCCAUUCAUGACUUAAUGUAAGUAUAAUCCAAAUUAAAAAAAAAUGUAUUAAAA